GUAAAGCAAUAACUCCCCUGUUCAACGUGUGGCAGGGUGGGAUAGUAACUGAUCGAUGUGAAGCCAAGGGGAAGGUUCCAGUGACUCGUCAGUGAAACUCCCCGAGAGGGAGGGAGCAAAGUAACUUAAUCACCUAACUGAGAGUUGUACCGAUACAGUUCAACGCUGGAAUAGAGAGCAGCAGUUGGAGAAACAGCGGAGAGAAUCCUAGGGGUAUAGAGAGAUUAAAGCCAGGAGCACAGGGAGGCAGAGAGAGGGAGAAGCCAGUGGAAAGAAGCAGGGGACUUGAUGGGCAGAGACAGUGAUCAAGAAUUUUAAGUUGAGGAGAAACGAAAUUCAAGGGAAAGGGUGGGGUGAGAGGCAGAACAAAUACAGCAGAAACAUAAUCAUUGAAGCAGGAGAUAGAGUGAGAAUUGAACUGGGAAACUGCAGAGUGUGAGAGAGAGAGAGAGAGACACUGAGGAGCAAGGAGGAACUGGCAAGGUACAGUGUUGUUGAGAGGAAGACUCAACUAAAGAUAGAGGGAAGGCAGACACAAAAUGCUGGAAUAACUCAGCUGGUCAGGCAGCAUCUCUGGAGGAAAGGACCAGGUGACGUUUCGGGUUGAGACCCUUCUUCAGACAAGGGAUAAGAGCAUUGUUCAGUAAAGGAUAGUUGAGAGAUUUCAACUGUAUACUUUUCUCGUCAGAGUGACUUCCUCGCUCUCAGCUCGUGUGGCCACCUGGCCUCUUUGUGACUGCCCCAUGCUUUACCUCACCAUGGACCUGCUGGUGUUCCGGACUCUAUUUGGAACUGUAGCUGACCUCUGUGGGUCUGCCAUCAUCUUCACUGUGCUCUCAGUCAUCAGCCUCCUCACCUACUUCGAUGUCCUCGAGAGUUUUGGUUUGUGCCGUUGGCUCUUCAAGACGUGUAAACCUGGGAUCAUUGCUGUGACGUCUGAAGUGAGCCUUUACUCUGAUGCAGGGAGAAAGUCUUCCCGAACACUGUCCUCGAUUGUGGAGAAGGUGAUGCUGCUGGAAUCGAACUUGUGCACAUCCGACAGUCAACAAUGUCACCACCCCAUGUACAGGAAGAAAUUAAGGAAUCUGCAUCAAGAGAUCAACCUGGUAGAUGACAGCUUGUGGAGACUCGCGGGCCAGUGUGGUGCAGCAGAGAGAGACCAGGGGACUGGCCAAACCUGCGCAUUCAACAAAGGCACCGAGAGGCUUCCCCACCCUACAGGGGGUGACAGUCCGCAGAAGAGCAUGAGGUUGGACAACAUAGUCACAUCCAGAGACAAGCAGAGGAUUCAACUCCUGCACAGCAAGCUUCACACCAUGAAAACAUACACCGAGGAAAGGUUAAAGUUAUUGACCAGCUUUGCAAACUGCCUUGAAUCGUACCAGCUCUGUUACUGCCCACUCCGCGCCUGGGUAAUGCAGACCCACAGGUUCCAGGAAUGGAUUCACACCGUACAAUGUGAGAGCGAGCUGGUGGUCAUCAGGAACCUCGGGCACCAGAAGAGAAUAGUGGAGGAAAUUGAAGAGAAAGCCCUCGAGCUGGGGAAAUGUUCGAGGGCGAUGAGUGAAUGUGUCUGUGCCUUUGAGAAAAUCAAGCUCCAGGCUGCCCCGUUUAAACAGAGCAUGACUCAGCACCAGCCUGCCUCUGUGGUGAAACCGGAGCUGACCUCCACCCUGCAAGGAGAGAUGACCAGCUUGAGGCAGCAGUUUCUGACGCUGGUGAGAAUAACAAAGUGCCACGUGACCCAUCUGCGGGGCUUGCUGUACACGAGGGUGUGAUGGAGCUGGAGUGCCAGAUACAGGGAGAGGCCGCUCUGUGGCAGGGCACCGCGCCACACUGCAACCCCCACACUCUCAAACGAACCAGCAUUCAAUUUGUUUUGCAAAGUGCACUGAAUAUUCCUGUCCUCCAGUCAGCACUGGUUGAACUGCACUAAUAGAUUUAACUGCACACGUUUCAGCAAAUGAUGCCCCACUUACAGGAACAGAGAGAAAGUCUUUCCAAAUAGUCUGCAGUCAGGCAGCACCUGGGGAGCUUCACGUUUGAGGACAACCCUUGCCAACAAUGGAAGAAAGGUUGAUUGAACAAUACAGCAUGGAAACAGGCCCCUCGGCCCAUCGAGCCCAUGCAGACCAUCGAUCACUCGUCCACUCCCUACACACUAGAGGCAAUUUACAGAGGGCCAAUUAACCUACAAACCUGCACAUCUUUGGGAUGUGGGAAGAAACCAGAGCUCCCGGAGGAAACCUACGCAGUUGCAGGGAGAGCAUGCAAACUCCAUACAGACAGCACCUGAGGUUCGGGAUCUAAAUCGGGUCUGUGGUGCAGUGCGGGACAGCUCUUACCUGCUGCCCAGAUGGAUGAGCCUGGCGUGAGUGAAGGCCGCGGAAACUAAGCUGAGGUUUAAACCAUCAGCCAGCGUCUCCAUGUAGGAUAACGUAUACCACCUAUGUAACACCUUCCCCCACCUCGCCCCUCACCAUUUCCUCUGCCCAUCCUCCCAAUACAUCUGUAUUCCAUCCUCGUCUCGAUUGUGGUCCCUGGGAGGGUUUCCUUUAGAGAUACAGAUGUAAACAGGCCCUUCGGCCCACUGAGUCGACAUUGACCACUCCUAUACUAGUUCUAUGUUAUCCCACUUUCACUCCCUGCACACUAGGGGUAAUUAACCUACAAACCCGCACGUCUUUGAAAUGGGGGAGGAAAUUGGAACACCCGGAGUCACAGGGAGAACGUGCAAACUCUGCAUGGACAGCACCUGUAGUCAGGAUCGAACCCGGGCCUCUAGCGCUGCGAGGCAGCAGCUCUACCCGCUGCGCCACCGUGCCACCUGUGGUUCUUGGUUACUUGCAGCGACUACAUCAACCUUGCAGAAUGAAAGGAAGAGACAGAGGACCACAGCCACAGCCAGACCUACUUGCUUCCCCCCACACCGCCUCCUUCACCAUCCUCCCCUCUCCCACCACAACUGUCCACUACAGCAAGCAAAUCAUCUUACUGGCUGUAAAAUACUUUCAGAAACCCUGAGGUUCUGAAAAGUCCUGAAUAAAAACAGGUUAUCCGUAUCACAGUGUGUGCUUU